AGACAGGUAUUAGGUAAUCGUUGAUGUUUCUUCAAAAUGAUGUCCUUGAAGACCCGCCACUGAUUUAUCUAUGAAUAAUACGUCCAAAACGUUAUCUGCUUUCGAGAGGAGUUAAAAAACUGGACACGAGAGAGCGAUCCACGAAUUCUACUGCAAGUGCAGGUAACCAACGAAACUAUAUCAACCAACCAACAGAACAAUAUCACAAACAGGACGGGAUUACAAAGAAGAAUGGCCACUACCAGAUUCUCACCAGUGGCUUCAUCAUCAUCAGCUCUUCCUCUCUCUACACCGUCAAUUCAGAGUCUCCGUGACAACUACUCUCUCCAACUCAUUCCACCACCAAACCCAACUCUCAAAACCCCUACAAUCCGCUCUCGCCUUAGCAAGCUCUGCCAAGAUGGGCAGCCACAUCUUGCGCGCCAACUGUUUGAUACAAUUACGCAACCAACCACUACUCUUUGGAAUACCAUCAUCAUCGGAUUCAUCUGCAACAAUCUGCCAGAUGAGGCCAUCUUGUUCUACAUUCGGAUGAAAAAUGCAUCUCCCCUCGUUAAAUGUGACUCUUACACUUACUCAUCUUCCCUCAAGGCCUGCGCCGAGACCCGCAAUUUGUUGGUAGGCAAAGCGGUGCACUGCCAUCUUAUUCGUUGUUUAUCGAAUCCGAGCAUGAUCGUCUAUAAUUCUCUCCUGAAUAUGUACUCUACGUGUUUAAGUACAGCGGAUGGUGAAGUGGGUCUUUGCGAUUUUUCAAAUUAUGAUUUCGUUCGCAAAGUGUUUGACACAAUGCGUAAAAGAAAUGUGGUUGCUUGGAACACCAUGGUUUCGUGGUAUGUCAAGACAGAGAGAUGCAAAAAGGCAGCGCAGCAAUUUAGGCUGAUGAUGGCAAAGGGUAUAAAACCAACCGCUGUGAGUUUUGUUAAUGUUUUUCCUGCGCUCUCAAGUAUUGGAGAUUAUAGUAAUGCUAAUGUGCUCUAUGGGAUGGUAAUUAAAUUGGGUAAUGAAUAUGUGAACGACUUGUUUGUUGUUAGUUCUGCGAUAUCCAUGUACAUGGAGCUUGGUUAUCUUGACAUCGCAAGGAAGAUUUUUGACAAUUGCCUGGACAGGAAUACUGAGAUAUGGAACACUAUGAUUGGGGAGUAUGUCCAGAGAAAUUGUCCACUUGAAGGCAUUGGACUUUUUCUUCACGCAAUGGACUCAGAUAAUUCCAUUCUAGAUGAUGUAAGUUUUCUCUCAGCACUAACUGCAAUUUCACAGCUGCAAUGUCUAGAGUUAGCUCAACAGCUGCAUGCCUAUAUAAUUAAGAAUUUAGAAGCAGUACCAGUAAAUGUGCUGAAUGCAAUUGUUGUCAUGUAUUCAAGGUGCAAUUCUAUCCAAGCUUCCUUUGAUGCUUUUAGUCAGAUGCGAGAAAGGGAUGUUGUUUCAUGGAAUACGAUGGUUUUUGCUUUUGUGCAGCAUGGACUUGAUGAUGAAGGGUUGAUGCUAGUGCAUGAAAUGCAGAAACAAGGAUAUAGGAUAGAUUCAGUGACAGUGACUGCUCUACUAUCAGCAGCAUCAAACCUUCAAAACCAUCACAUUGGAAGGCAGACCCAUGCUUAUCUCCUUAGGCAUGGCUUACAAUUUGAUGGAAUGGACAGUUAUCUUAUAGACAUGUAUUCCAAAUCUGGAUUGAUUAGAACUGCACAACUACUUUUUGAGAAAAGCAGUAUCGCCAGUAAAGAUCAAGCAACCUGGAAUGCUAUGAUAGCUGGGUACACCCAGAAUGGGCUAACCGAUAAUGCUUUUAUAACCUUCAGACAGAUGUUUGACCACAAAUUAUCUCCCAGUGCUGUUACCUUGGCAUCUGUUCUCCCUGCUUGUAAUCCUAUGGGAAGUAUAAAUUUGGGUAAGCAACUUCAUGGUUUUUCAAUUCGCCAUUGCUUGGACGAAAAUGUCUUCGUGGCAACUGCUCUAAUUGACAUGUAUUCCAAAUCAGGUGCCGUCAGCUACGCAGAAAAUGUCUUUUAUAAUACCUUAGAGAAGAACUCAGUCACAUACACCACUAUGAUAUUGGGAUAUGGUCAAAAUGGGAUGGGCAAGAGAGCCCUCUCACUUUUUUACUCAAUGCAGGCUUCAGGCGUCAUACCUGAUUCCAUUACCUUUAUUGCUGUCUUGUCAGCUUGUGGUUAUGUUGGUUUGGUUGAUGAAGGUCUUCAAAUAUUCAAUGCUAUGGAGAGAGAGUACAACAUUCAACCAUCAACUGAGCACUAUUGUUGUGUUGUAGACAUGUUAGGGAGGUUUGGAAGGGUGGUUGAAGCUCACAAGUUUGUUGAACAACUGGGUGAAGAGGCUUCCACAUUGGAAAUAUGGGGAUCACUUCUUGGGGCUUGCAGGCUUCAUGGAUAUGUUGAAUUGGGAGAAGCUGUUGCCAAUAAGUUGCUUGAAAUCGAUGCAGGGAAUGGCAAAGCAGGCUAUCACCUCUUGCUCUCAAAUAUAUAUGCAGAGAAAGGUUAUUGGGAAAGGGCUGACAGAGUGAGGAAGGAAAUAAGGGAAAGGGGUUUGAGAAAGGAGGUUGGAUGUAGCUGGAUAGAGGUUGCAGGACAUUUGAGUCAUUUUGUGUCUAGGGAUCAAGAGCAUCCUCGGUCCAAUGAUAUAUAUGAAAUGUUGGAAGGAUUGGCCGUGGAUAUGACAGAUCGUGUCCAUGGGUCAUUUUGAAAUUCCAAUCCAGACGAAGACCCCUAGUUUGAACGAAUAAUGAUGGAAAGGUAGAUAGCACAAAUCCCUUGUCGCAUGUAUGAAUUAACAUCUAACAGUGAGGGCCUACAUCAAUUGUUCACAAUCUGAAGACUCCAAGUUACAGUCAAAUGUUCGAUUUUGUGUUUUUGGAUG